AUGACGGUGACACGGUCCCAGACGGGGAAGACCCCCAAAAAAGUAGAGCGCCCCGACUUCGUGGAGACCCCUGGCCGCCGGGUAACUCGCAGCAGUCGCGCGUCAAUCACCCCCGAUCCAAUGACCGACGUGUCCGAUUCCUCCCUCGCCGGCAAGGAGUUGAGAAGCUCGCCGCGAAAGCGCAAGUCCACCAAGGUCAAGGCCGAGGACGCGUCGCAGGACAGUGAGAGUGAGGUCAAGGCCAAUGGACACGCCGAGGGCAAUGGCACGGCGAAGGCGCCGCGGAUCAUCGACGGAUGGAUAGAGGGCAAAGACCCCAAGAUCGACUACAGCGGCCACUUUGAAUUCGGCGGCUCCUGGGGCUGCCUGUCGAUGAUGAUCGGAUUCCCCCUGCUCAUGUACUACAUGUGGAUCGGGGCGACGUACUACGAUGGCAAGUUCCCCGUGCCGUCCAAGGACCAGACCUGGCCCGAGUUCUUCGAGCAUCUGGCGCACUUGGUGUACGAAGGGGCAUUUCCGUCGCUCAAGGCGUGGGCCAUCUACUGGGUGUUCUUCGUGUUCGAGGCGCUUUGCUAUAUGUUCCUCCCGGGCAUCACCAUCAUGGGACGACCGCUUCCCCAUGAGGGCGGUAAGCAGCUGCCCUACUACUGCUCGGCCGUGUGGUCCUUCUACACGACUCUGGUGGUAGCGAUGGCUCUGCACAUCACUGGCCUGUUCAAACUGUACACGAUCAUCGACGAGUUCGGUCCCUUGAUGAGCGUGGCCAUUCUCUCCGGUUUCCUGGUCUCCUUUAUCGCCUACUUCUCGGCCCUGGCUCGGGGUGCGCAGCACCGCAUGACCGGUUAUCCGAUCUACGAUUUCUUCAUGGGCGCUGAGCUGAAUCCGCGGAUGUUUGGCAUUCUGGAUUUCAAGAUGUUCUUUGAGGUCCGGCUGCCCUGGUAUAUCCUCCUGCUGGUGACCAUGGGCGCUGCGGCGAGGCAGUACCAGCAGUAUGGGUAUGUGUCGGGCGAGGUUGGUUUUCUCUUGAUGGCACACUUCCUGUACGCGAAUGCCUGCUCGAAGGGUGAAGAGUGUAUUGUGUCGACUUGGGACAUGUACUACGAGAAGUGGGGAUUCAUGCUCAUCUUCUGGAAUCUGGCUGGCGUGCCUCUGAGUUACUGCCACUGCACCAUCUACCUCGCCAAUCACGACCCUGCGACCUAUCGCUGGAACCGCUACGUCCUGGCGUUUUUGUACAUUGCGUAUCUCUUCGUUUACUGGGUGUGGGAUACGGCCAACAGCCAGAAGAACCGCUACCGUCAGCAGGAGCGGGGGACGUUGGUUUUCCGUAAGACGUUCCCUCAGCUGCCGUGGCAGACGCUGAAGAACCCGGAGGUGAUCCGAACUCCGGAUGGGGGGACUAUUCUGGUUUCGGGGUGGUAUGGCCUGGCUCGCAAGGUCCACUACACAUGCGACCUCUACUUUGCGUUGAACUGGGGUCUCAUCACCGGAUUCGACAGUCCGUUCCCGUGGUUCUACCCGGUGUUUUUCGCCUGCAUGAUCACGCACCGUGCGAUGCGGGAUAUUCAGCGCUGCCGGAACAAGUAUGGGGAGGCGUGGGCCGAGUACGAGAGACGGGUUCCGUAUCUGUUUAUUCCGUACGUGUUUUAA